AUGGACCCAAUUGAGAAUAAUAAAAUGAAAAUUGCAAUUAUUGGUGGUGGUAUUUCUGGUAUGUCAUGUGCUUAUUUACUUUCCAUGGGCGGUCACGAGGUCACAGUUUACGAAAAGGGUAAUUAUUUAGGUGGACAUACAAAUACAGUUGAUGUUAAAUUCCAAGAAGAAACAGUUAAAAUCGAUACUGGGUUCUUGGUGUACACACCACAAAAAUAUCCAAAUUUAAUGACCCUCUUCAAAAAGUUGGGUAUUCAAAAUGGUGUUUCAGAUAUGUCAUUUGGUUAUUCAUUAAAUGCAAGACCUUCAAUCGAAAAGAAACAAGAAAUGGAAGUAGUAAAGAGUGAAGUUGCAGAUGGUAAUAAAAAAACAUUUAGACGUGAAGUCGAAUGGUGUUCAGACAACCUUUCAACAAUUUUUGCACAAUGGCAAAAUAUUUUUAGACCAUCAUUUUGGAGAUUGUUAAUCGAUUUAUACCGUUUCUCAAAAGAGGGUCCAUUAAUUGUAACUCAAUUAGACAAGUAUGAAAAAAUGUCUGUUCGUCAAUACUGUGAGGUCAAUGGUUACUCAAGAGCAUUCAUCGACUACUAUCUCAUUCCAGUUGCCUCUGCUGUUUGGUCCACUAGCUUUAAAGAGAUUGAUUCAUUCCCAAUUGUUACCUUGGCUCGUUUCUUUUCGAAUCAUCACUUAUUUAAAAUAGUUAAUCGUCCACAAUGGAGCUCAGUUCAAGGUGGUAGCUAUCAAUACAUGGAUAGAAUUAGAGAAUUCCUCGAAGCUAAUGGUAGCAGAGUGCUUUUAGACAAUGGUGCCACAAAGAUUCAAAGACCAAAAGAUCAAGAACACGUAUUUGUAACCGAUAAAAACAAUGUAACAACAAAAUAUGACAAAAUAGUUUUUGCUUGUCAUGCUCCAGAUAUUUUCCCAAUGCUCCCAGAUAUGACCCACCCAGAAAGAAAGGUAUUAAGAAGCUUUAAUUUCACCCAUCACAAAGCUUAUCUCCAUAGUGAUCCAUCAUUAAUGCCAAAACGUAGAAACACAUGGUCAAGUUGGAACUACAUUUACGAUGAUUACUCAUUAACCGAUAAUAAAUUAUGUUGCACUUAUUGGUUAAAUCGUAUUCAACCUUGGGUCGAUGCUAAAAAGUAUCCACUUUACCUUACACUUAACCCAGUUUUCGAACCAAAAGCCGAACUUUUACACCGUGUCAUCGAAUAUGAUCAUCCAUUAAUCAACCCAGAAAGUGAUAAAGCUAGAACCCGUAUUCCACAAAUUCAAGGUAUUCGUAAUACUUUUUACUGUGGUGCCUAUAUUGGUUAUGGUUUCCACGAAGAUGGUAUAACAUCUGGUCUCUUAGCUGCUCAAUUAAUCGAUCCAAAAUUAAAUAAGCUUUGGAAGGUUGAUACCACCCGUUAUCUCGAUGAUAUUCCAGAACAAAAACAAUCUUCAACAAUUUCAAAUUUAUUAAAAAUUACUGCAGUUUCAAUGUCCCUAUAUUUUAUAUUUAAUCACUCGAAUUUUAUUUUUAAAUUAAAAUAUAAUUCCAACUAA